GACUACACAGAUUAAUUACUUCGAUUUCGAUCUUUGCCGCGUGCAUUUCCAUACCCAAAGAGUUCUGAAAGGACUACAAAAUACCACAAAAUGAUGGGAAAAGCUACCUAUUUGUUGUGCCUGUGCCUGUGCCUGGCCAGCGCCGUUUGGGCCAUUGAAUUGCAGGCGGAGCCGGACUACGGACCAGUGGCCUACGAGUUCCAGUGGUCGGUGAACGAUCCCCACACCGGCGACAUCAAGAGCCAAAAGGAGACGCGCAAGGACGACAAGGUCGAGGGUGUCUACGAGCUGAUCGACUCCGAUGGCUACCGCCGCAUAGUGCAGUACAAGGCGGACGAUCACAACGGCUUCGAGGCGAUUGUCCAGCGUGAGCCCACGGACAUCAAGAUACCGCUGCCGGAGCCACCCAAGAAGCUCCUGGCCGCCAAGAUCCUGACUCCUGUGCUGCCGGUGGCGCCGCUCGUCCACUACGCCGCUCCCAAGGCCAUCAUCAAGCAGGAGUUGUCCGCCGGAAACUAUGUCUCCGUAUCCGGACCCACAGCACAGUACAAGUACUGA